AUGGCGGUUCAAGCUGCUGAAGAUGCACAAGAUGUCACAGAUUCUAUAUCAUCAACAAAGCCUGAAAUCGAAGUUUCACCAAUUGAAGAACUUAAUGUCGAUGAACUGCUGGAAAAACAGACUGGUGCGUGUGGAAUUUGGCAGUGGCUAAUUGUAUCGCUGAUAGUUUUGUCAGGACCAAACAUGGCACUUCUUCCGGUGUUUGUGAACGCUGAACCAAAUGUACGUUGCCGAAUGGAGCCUGAGAUUGAAGACCUCUUUAUAGAAAGUAAUAUUUCAUUUGAAAACGCAUCUAAAAUCGUCGGUCCACCAUCUACGUGUUCCAGAUAUGUUUAUGAUUGGAAAAAUCUUCAGGUGGUGCAAAAUUUAAUUAAUCAUCCGACUGUGGAGAAUGACACACAAACGGAAGCCUGUUCUUACGGAUAUGUGUAUGAGAGCACUCAGUUUCAGUAUCCAAGCUCAGUGGUCGCUGAGUUUGAUUUAGUAUGUUCGCAAAAGUGGUUGGCUCCUUUGGGGACCUCACUAUAUAUGAUAGGAAUGUUUUUCGGUUACCUUUUUGGUGGAUGGUUUGGGGACAAAUAUGGGAGAAGACCCACCGCAAUCGUAUUCUCCUUGUUGGAGAUUGUUGCUGGAAUAAUCGUUUCCCUAGCACCCAAUCAACAUGUUUACAAUUUUGCGCGGAUAUUCACUGCAAUAACCGACACCGGAAGAGCAGCUGUGCUUCGCAUUCUCCCGCUAGAGAUUACUUUGGCUAAGUACAGAGGUUAUUUUAGUUCUACAAUAGUACUGGGUGCAUUUUUCUUCCACAGAGCGCUUGCGGCUGGAUUUGCAUACUUCGUUCCGAACUGGAGACUAUUAAACGCUGUGUUGAUUUCACCCUGUCUCCUAAGCCUUUGUUUUUUCUGUGUCCUACCGGAAUCACCUCGAUGGUUGAAUUCACAAAACAGACAAGUGGACGCAGUUCGCGUCUUGCAAACUGGACUACGCUACAAUCGGGUUUGGCGGAAACAGCAGAACAAAUCCGCACACCUAGAAAUUUUGUUGGGUAAGUUCAUGGCGUCCGCAAAUGAAGUUCCAAUGAAUAAAAGCACCAAGCGCUCCAAGUCAAAUAUCUGGCGAAAUCUGAAAUCAUGUUCAAUCGACCGUCGGCACCUCAAGACUUUAAUUACAGGGGUUUUUCUAGCAAGCACCCAGAUUCUUACACUGUUUGGUGUAAUUCUUUACGCCAGAAUGAUUAGAGAUAGUGUGUAUAUCGUUGUUCUGAUCAACUCACUCACAUCAAUCCCUGGACCAAUCAUCGCUUCUUUGGCGUAUCGCUUCUACAAAUUUCGUCGACUGCCUCUGGUCCUCUGUAUGGCAAUAACAUGUAUAUCCCUGUCGAUCGGUGGAGUGUAUACGUUUGUCUGGAAACCUGUGACCGAUACUGUGCUAAACACUUGCUGUAAUUUGGCUCUAAUACUGUAUUCUGCCAGUCUCGUAAUGCUAUCGACGUAUCUGGCAGAGCUGUUCCCUUCGUUAACAAGGACGCGUAGCAUGGGUAUAAUCAAUGGAUUUGGAAGGUUAGGUGGAGGACUUUCCCCAGUUGUGAAUCAGCUUGACAGCACUAUCGGGCACGGUAUAUCUGUCAUUAUCUACGCAUUAAUUGCAGCAGUGCAGUUCGGCCUACUGUUUCUCGUGGAAGAUACUAGUGGAGAGAAUUUGCGAGAUGUUCCAACGAGCGAGAACACUCCACAAGCUGAUUCCGGCACUGGGUUACCUUUAGUUAGCGUUCGGACUUCCUGA